UAUCCUCACACCAGAGUAAGCCGAUACCUUAAAUUCGGUUCUGGACGCAGAGGGACAGUGCCAAUCGCCCUAGCAGGCCUGAUAACAUCAAAGUCUAUGUCCGAAUCACAAGUUUUGGCGAGAUGAACUGUUGGCGUGUCUUUUUAGUUUUAGCCGUGUUAGUAGGGGGCGCGGCAUACUUCCUGUACACGCCCUUUCCAGAUGAUGCUGUGGAAACAUCUCAACAGAUGGUACUGUCCAUCCUGACCGCAGCAAUACUUAAUAUGUGCGAUUUUCAAGAAUACAUGGGAUACUCGACUUUGACCAAGUGUGGCGUGAACCCGUUCAAUAUGCUGCCCGUCCGCACUGCUGAGGAGCUAUCGGAUGACAACGUCCAGGUAAAGAUAGAGUUAUUUGAUGGUGUUGAAGUGAGAAUAUAUGUACCACGUGACAGCAGUAUAAAGCGUCCUCUACCGGCAGUGAUAUUUUUUCAUGGUGGCGGCUGGGUGAUGGGAUCUGUUGACCAAUAUGAUUCAUUCACAAGGAGAUUAGCUUCGUCAAUUCCUGCUGUUGUGGUCUCAGUUGAAUACAGACUAGCACCACAGUACACAUUCCCUAUACCGUUCGAGGACUGCUUGACAGCCACCAAGUAUUUCAUGAAAAACGCCAAGACGUUCGGUGUCGAUGCCAGUCGAAUAGCCUUGUCAGGGGACAGUGCAGGAGGAAACCUGGCGAUGGCUGUCGGAACUAAGCUUACCCAGGAACGACAACCCCCUCGACUCCUUGGUCUGAUCUACCCGGCGCUCCAGAUGACAAACUUUAAAACGCCGUCAUAUAACACAUAUACAUCAUUCCCAUUCCUUCUAAGGGCAGAUAGAAUGGCUAAAUUUUAUUUACGAUAUGUUUUCGGAAAUGAAGAUUAUUUAGAUAAAUUCUUGGAAAACCAACACAUAACAGCGGAAACGCGUAAAACAGUCAACUCUAAAGUAAAUGUAGAGCUCUUGCCCGAAAAAUACCACAAGUUACAGACCCGCCCUCAGGAUUUGAAACCUGUCGAUAAAAGCCUUGCAGAAAAAGUAGAGAAAAUCAUCACCAAUGUAUAUCUUUGUCCUUUAAUGCUAGACGAUGAAAUCUUAUCUCAGCUUCCAAAAACGUACCUGUUGACUUGUGAAUUUGACCCUUUGAGAGAUGACGGCUUGAUGUUAGCAAAGCGUUGGAAAGACCUUGACUUUCCGGUUAAGCACGUGCACUGGGAAGGGAUACAACACGGAUUCAUGCCAUCAACUAAAAUGAAUCGGUCCAGAGAAGCAAUGGCGGAUUUUGUGGAUUAUCUGAGAAAAGAACUGUAGAAUAUUUCGAUUUUCCCGGGGUAGAAAUGUAAAAUAUAUGUAGAACGUUAAUUAUCGUAAUUCAGGGUGUUGUUAAUAAUUUUGAUGAUCCAUGAUAGAAAAUGAACUUAAGAAUGUAUAACAGUUGUCAUUUUACUACUUGAAAUGUAUCAGAUUUUAUUUUGUACAAAAUAUGUUGAUUAUGUCAUAUUAUUUGAUCAUUGUUUUUAUUGAUUUUUUUUAUAAUAUGAUAUUUUGAUACUAAUAUAUAUUGAGUACAUCCACAAUACCUUAGCCGACUUUCUCGGCGACCGUCUGUUAAUAUCUUACAUAUAAUCUAUCUUGACAAUUAGCAUGUCCUUGCCGUUGAAUAUAUUUUGAAUAGAAUGGCGUGCAGGAAAUUUUGAAACAAAUUCGGUGGUUUUGUCAACGUCAAAUCCGUACGCCAUGGAAAAAUGAUCUUGUUGUAAAAUGGACAAAUUGUUUUCUUGUAGAAAAGUCCUGUUUUAGUUUUACGAUUCAAUUAUAAGGAUUAAACUGGAUUAUGCAUACCUUCUAUGAAUAGACUGAACACUGAAGUACACUCUGGCCAUCUUUCCGAGUGCGGUCGGGUCCCAGAAACGCUUUGAUGUAUAAUGUCUCGUAAGCCAUUGGGCUGGAUAUUAAUAUUGUUUUUAUGUAAUUGUGCCUCAAAUGUCUGUUUUAUUGUGAUUGCAUUGACAUGUGACACUGAAAUAAAAUUAUGACUGAAUGGGUUCUA